AUGUCUUUUUUGGAAGUUGCAAAACAGGCCCACACUGACAAACCCAACCAGUCAAGUGUGGAGACUGCCAACACAACCCGUUUCCAGACACCGCAGCAGACCUCGUGUUUGACCAAAAGAAGCACAGCGAAGAUGGACAACAGCCAACCAAAGAGGAGGAAGACGGACUGUGGAAAUGGCAGAGACCUUCCGCUGGAGGGAAGGCAGGGGGUGGCGCGCUCUCUCCAAGGCCUGUCUCCACGACUACCCCGCAUCUCGCUAAAGACACUUCUGGAGGUUGAGAACACGCUGGUGCACGGAGAGGAGCGGCUCGGCCCUAAGUCCCCGAUAGCCCCCUCCUCCUCUGCUGCCUCACAAUUAAUGUGUCAGGGCUGUGAAAUAGGGGGGCCUGCAAGUGGACCUAAUCUCAGCUUUCUGCCUCAAAUUGACAAAUGGCUGGUUGUAGCCAUACAAGCUGCCGACUCCUACUACCAGCAGAGAAAAUACGGCAUGGCUGCCAGUCGCCUCACCACCGCUCUGGAGCUGUGCUCCAAAGGGGCCGCCCUGGUGGACCAGCUGCAUGCCGACCACGAGGACAUCAGCCGCCUGGUCAGCUACCUGGAGGCCAGGCUGGUGGUGUGCUACCUGAGGCUGAAGAGGCCAGAGCUGGCCCUCAACCAUGCACACAGGAGUGUCCACCUGAAUCCGGCCCACUUCCAAAACCACCUGAGGCAGGCUACUGCGUUCCGCCUGCUGGGUGAACCAUGUGCCGCAGCCAGGAGCGCCAUGAUUGCUGACUGGCUGUACUGUCUGUCCGGCGGAAGCGAGCGCCACCUCAGCAGACUCAUCAAACUCUAUUGGCAGGCCAUGUUGGAGGAGGCGAUCACCUUGGAGGAGGGCGUGUCCGUCAUGUUUAGCCCCGCCCCUUGCUUUGGGGAAGCUCUCAGCGAUGUCAUCGCCAGGGCAGAGGAAGAGUUCAGGAAGAGGCACCCCACCUUCACUGAGUACCUGUACACAGACCCCAGCGGAGACCACGUCCUCCCCCAGACCAGAGACUGGAACUUGGGUUUGACUCCCAGCCCGUCUCCCUCGACCCAGCCCCAGACAUCCUCCCCCUCGGGUUCAUCCUCCCAGCCCCAAGCCUUCCUCCUCACCCUGGGCUUCAGGAGGAGGGAGGAAGGGGUCUUCCUGGAGAAGCUCCAGACCAGGAGCUGGCCCUCCUUCACAGGGGUCGUAGAGAGGCUCCAGUAUGCUGACUUCCUGGGCCAGCUGCAGCGCGGCCGGGAGAGGACCGUCGCCCUCCAGCAGGUGCUGGCAGAGCUCAGCGUCGCCCCCUACCUGCAGGAGGUCAACCAAACCGACGCCAAGGUGCUGCAGGCGUUAAUGGCUGACACAACAGACACCCUUGAAGGAAGGCGGACCUGCCGGGAACGUGUGUGGAAUAAAAUGCAAAAGGUGGGUCAGCUGGAGGACUUGGUGAGGCAGCUGGCAGAGACCUUCCGGAGGAACAAGGCUCUGAAGGCCGAAAGGAAGCAGAAGGCCCCCCCUUCCUCCAGGAGGAAGCACCAACGGAAAGGAGGGCCCCUCAAGGACACAAAUGUGGCCAAUGAGAGCUUUCACAUCAGGCUCCCUCCCAGGAAGGACCCAGGCUGCGUCGAAGACCCGCCCACCAAUUCCCCUCACAGUGAAAACGUUAUUUCAGAAGCCACACUUCCUGCGGGCCCGGAUGACGAGGCCUCUGCUGUUCAACGUCCCCCUGCUCUCUCUGGUACCCCAGAGUUUGGUCCACCAGCCUUGUGA